AUGUCCAAGAAGAAGUCAGCAAACGCCAAAGCUGAAGCGGCCAAGGCUCGAAAGAGCGCAGCAGAAGCCAACAAGGAAAAGCUCAAGGCUCUCGAAAAAGAAGACCAGGAAUGGCGUGAAGCCGAGGGUUCCAAGUCCCGGGCGGCCCAGAAGCGGGAGGCGGCUGCCCAGAAGCAAGUAGAAGCCGCAGCUCGAAAAGCUGAGACUCGUAGAUUAGCCCAGUUGGAGGAUAACUCGCUUGAGAAUUCGCUGAAGAAGCCUGCUCAGAAGAAGGUGACCCAAUCAGAGCUGCGGUUAAAGAAGGAGGAGCAGUUUGCUACGGUUCAGCGGAAAGCAGAGGAGGAGAAGCUGAAGCGAAGCCGGGUUACAGUGAAGAAUGAGUAUGAGAAGAUGAUUCUGGUUUUGAACACGAAUCGGGAGCAUGAUGAUUCGGUUCUUGAAGCAAGUACAGUUGAUGAUGCCAUUGCACAGUUAACGACUUUGAAGGAGGAUAAUCUGCCGGUUGUGAUCAAGAAUAAGCAGCAUCUUGAGAGGAAAAGUAAGGUCUGUGCUGAACAGGGGAAGAAGAGAAAUUCGAUUUUGGGGCUGGGAAUAGAUGAUGAAGAAAGAUCUCUGUUGAAGGGUGUUCGGCGAAUCAAUUUGGAUAGAUCGAGUCUGGAUUACUAUGAAGAUUACUCCACUGAGGAUGGGCAGGAAUUUGAAGAAGAAGAAGAUUUCUAUGAAGACGAUGAAUAUCAAGAGUAUGAGGAAAAAUAUUACAAUAAAUAUUAA